AUUAGGUUGGGACAGUUGCAUACUCUGUACUCUUCAAUGGAUAUCAAGGGUCAAAAACUCUUCUAAGCGGCACCUACUUCAAAAAAAGAGUCGCCUAAUUGGAGUAUUUACUGUUGGUUCUGGUAGCAUGAAUUUCUCUGAGGUCAUCAAGCAGUCCAAUCAAGUGUGCAAAGUUUCUCCAGAUGGCAAAUAUUUGGCCACCUGUGUUCAGUACCGCCUGGUUGUCCGUGAUUUCAACACUCUUCAGAUUGUUCACCUGUACACAUGCCUGGACCAAGUGAUGCACAUGGAGUGGUCUUCCGACUCUCUGUUCAUCCUUUGUGCCAUGUAUAAGAGAGGACUUGUGCAGGUGUGGUCUCUAGAGCAGCCGGACUGGCAUUGUAAGAUAGACGAGGGUUCAAUUGGACUAGUUUCAUCACGCUGGAGUCCUGACGGACGUCACAUUCUCAACACCACUGAGUUUCAUUUGAGAGUAACCGUUUGGUCCCUCUGCACAAAAUCUGUAUCCUACAUCAAGUAUCCUAAAGCCUGCCAGAAAGGUAUGGACUUCACUGCAGAUGGCCAUUAUAUGGCGCUGGCGGAGCGACGGGAAUGUAAAGACUACAUUAGUGUGUUUGUGUGCGAUGACUGGCAUCUUCUCCGACAUUUUGAGAGUGAAACUCAAGAUCUGGCAGGGCUUGAGUGGUCCCCUAAUGGCUGUGUGCUUGCGGUAUGGGAUAGCUGUCUUGAGUAUAAAAUGUUGUUAUAUUCACUGGAUGGUCGCCUGUUGUCCUCCUACAGUGCUUAUGAGUGGUCUCUAGGCAUUAAAUCUGUCGCUUGGACUCCCAGCAGCCAGUUCCUGGCUAUUGGCAGUUAUGAUGAGAAGGUUCGGAUCCUGAAUCAUAUAACCUGGAAGAAGCUCACAGUGUUUGAACAUCCAGCCAUCAUCAGCAACUCCAAAGCAGUUUUAUUUAAGGAAAUGGAGAAAAGAGCUGUUGUUGGUAGUGAGGAUCUUUCUGUUCAUCAGCUGACUGUGGGUAACUCUCUCUUCAGUACACAGAGCAAAUAUGAAAUCACACAACUGCCAGCCAAAGUUUCAGUGGUCAAGCCGGAUCCAGAUCAUGCAAACCCAAAAAUUGGCAUCUCUGCAAUGGCUUUCAGUGCAGAUAAUCGCUAUCUUGCUACAAAGGAUGAUAACAUGCCACAAAGUGUGUGGGUGUGGGACAUGCAGAGACUUGGUCUGCUGGCGGUUCUGGAACAAACGGCUCCAAUUCGCUGCUUUGUCUGGGACCCACGCAGACCUCGACUGGCUCUCUGCACCGGAAACUCCAAAGUUUAUCUGUGGUCACCAGCUGGCUGUGUGUCUGUUAAUGUUCCAGUGGAAGGCAGUUUUCAGGUGCAGUCUCUGUUCUGGCACUGCAGUGGAGGCUCACUCAUCCUCCUUUCGAAAGAGCAGCUCUGUCUCUGUUACAUGGACACAGAAGAGAAAGACCAAAGCACUUCAUCAGACUGCAAUUUCACAAUAUAGGACCAGUUUCUGCUGAUCAACUGCUCCCAUGAGAGUAGAAGAGACUCAUAUAAGAGAUCUGCUUUCCAAAGAACACUAGGAAAUACACUGUGUGCCUGCAAAAAUACCUCAGCAUUUGCGAUGUGGUUUUGAAGUUUUCAGGUGACAUUUUUACUGAAAUUUAAAUAAAAAAAUCAAACAUGAUGAAAAUUGUCAAAUUAGCUCAUGCCACAAGGUGUCACAUUCUAGCCUUUAAGGCAACAAAAUGUAGUGCAUUCUGUGAUUUUUUUUCACCUAUAGUUGUUGUAGUGUUGAUGGCCUUUAGACAAGAUACUUAGAUUUUACACAUGCUUCAUUAAGGACCAAACAUUUCUUAGAAAUGCAUCAAACUUAUGUCACUUGAGAUUUACAGUGAUUCUGAAGAUGUAUUUUUAAAAAUUAAUGUCAGUUGUGAAUGUGAAUAUUUUUGCUUUGAGGAUAAUGUUUGUUGUAUUAGAAUGUAUGUAUAUGUUUGGAAGCUAGGGUUUUUUUUAAUAAAAUUA